AUUGCCGAUGUCUCGAAGGUAUUUUUUAAAGUCAGUUUCAGCAGUUCCUAUACUUGGACCAUCCGGAUCGACACGUUUUGUGCAUAUGCAUCAUUCAUAAUUCCUGGAGAUUUUUGACUCUGGUGGUUCGGAACGGUGUUAUUGAAGGCAGACAGCUGAUAAGUCGAUUGUCUCAAACACUUGCCUUCUCUGAAACAAUAUGUUUAACACGAGGACGAUUCAAUUUCGCAAAAAGCCCCUUCUUGCAAUAGCUGGGUUGUCAAUUUGUCUUAUCCUUUGGAUGGUACUUCGCUAUCAUACAUCUAUGCCAAUGGAGAAGCGUGUUUUAAGGACAGAGAAAGGGCAAUUCAUGCUCGAGGGAAAACCGUUUCGUAUUCUUAGUGGUUCGAUUCACUAUUUUAGAGUUGUACCGGAGUAUUGGAGGGAUCGACUUCUGAAGCUAAAAGCUAUGGGACUGAACACGGUUGAAACGUAUGUGUCUUAGAUGUUACUAUCGUCUUUAAAAUGGAUAAAUUUGGGGGAAUCGAGAGUGUCUGAAACCCUACUCUGCAACCACACCGUGUAAAUUAUUGAGUGAAUAAGCAUAUAUUUAAUGUUAAAUUGAUACCCACACCUUGUUCAUUAUUUAUUUAGCAUACGUUCAUAUAACGACUUCAUUAACUGUUUCCUUAGUUACGUUCCAUGGAAUCGUCACGAAGAAGUGAAAGGACAAUUUAACUUCAAAGGAAUCUUGGAUAUGGUGUGAGUGUAUAUCGUUGCUUAAUUGAUUUUUUGUCAAGUUUUUUUUGUUAUCAGGUGCAGUCUGCUGUCACGCAAGGAAUACUCAGGGUAACCUCUACUCAAAAUAAAUUUUUCUUGUAGAGUAAAUCUCCCUUUAUACCAUCAGAUAUUUGUUGUCAGGAGCAACUCUCAAGAAAAAAAUUUCUAGCUUUAAUAACUUAGCCAUACAAAACGGAGAAUUUUCCCUUAAAUCCUUUGCAAUUUCCAUGACGUGACAAGUUAGUAAUUGUCAAGAUUUUAAUUCCAGCAAACCUCUUCCUUGACACUCGACUAUACACUCAUUCAAAUAAUGUCAUGUCAGAUUUUGACUUUGUACCAGAUGGAAGCAACCAUGGGAAUGGUUCCAUGAAAUUUUGCUUUUUUCAUUUUUUAGUUAGAAAGUUUCAUAAAAAAUUUAUGAUAAUGAUAAUUGAACUUCAUUUCAAACAUUGGUUUUAAUUAUUUAAUUGUAGUAAAUUCAUCAAGAUAGCCCAUUCACUUGGUUUAUAUGUGAUUGUUCGUCCUGGACCUUAUAUCUGUGCUGAAUGGGAUCUUGGAGGACUGCCCAGGUAAAGACAUCAGUAAAAGAGUUGUGUAGCACAUUCUGGUAACAUUAUGAUAAAAUGCCUUACAUACAGCAAAAUUGGAUAUGAAAGUGAUCUUUGCAUUAAUGAACACUAUUUGACCAGUAGUGAAAAUAAAGCCUGAAAGAAAUUCAGGCCAUGACUCCUGUAAUACCAGUGUAGUGCUCUACCAACUGAGCUUACAAGCCAACUGGGAGCUGGUCAUUUUGUUGGUUUGUAAUAGACCUGUGAAGUGAUGAAUAAAUGACUGUGAAUUUAUGAAAAUCAGCUGAUUGAGAGAUUAAUUUGAAAGCUAUUUUUGCAGUAAUGAACAGUUUGCUACAUACCUAAUCUAAUCAAGGUUGCUCUAUGCCUCAUUUUCAUGUACAGUAAGGUGGCAGGAAGCACUCAUAUCCUCCCUAUGAAACCCCUCUCAAAAGGGGUUUGGGAAUAGUCAAGUCUGAUUCUGAGGGGCUCAAGUUGAAAUACAUCCCCCUCAAAAUUUGUCACAAAAAGCAAGACCCAUUUCCUUGGGGUUUUAUAUGGAAAAAGUUUCUCCUCUCUUUGAUAUGGUUCUUCAAAAAUUAUUGGAAAAAUGCAACUAAAUUUGUAGGGGCUUUAUUUUUCAGAUUACUGUUGUAAUUUACUGAAUCAAUUCUUUCCUUUUAGUUGGCUGUUACAUGAUCCUAAAAUGAAACUCAGAUCCAUGUACCCUCCAUUUCUCCAUGCUGUGCAGAAAUAUUUUAAGAAACUUCUUCCAAAGCUUGUCCCUCUUCAGGUGAAUGUAACAUAGUUCGCUUUAAUUCUUUUUCACUUUGUAUUGUACUAUUUGUACAUGUAUGUAACUGUAAAACCACACUCUAGAAAUAUUAUUUAUUUUUGAUAAUUAAAGAAUUUACUCUGAAACCAUUUAUAUGUCUAAUUCAGGUUAUAAGUAAUGAAUAUGCUGCUUAAAUAUUGAGUGGAAGAUAGCUUUAUAAUUGAAGGAUUACUAUUAACAAACAGAAAGAAAAUCAUCUUUCUUCAUGCUUGCCUUAUACAUACCACUUUUGUUUUAACUUAGAAGUUAUAAUAGAAAUCAUUUUCUAUUUUCAAAUUCAAGUUAUAUUUACAUAACAUGUAAUUUUCCUUUUUUCUUCAAAUGACCCCAUAAGCUUGUAACUUAAAAUUUUAUGUGUAUAAAUAAAGGUCAUUUGUCUAUUCAUCUAUCAUAGAAUUCCAUAACAGCAGUUGAAUUAACACAUUAAGCCUUUGACCGAAGUCAUAUCUUUUAUUUUCAAUGUUGAGUGCUUUGAUGAUAAUUAUUAUCCUACUUGAAUUUUUGCCUUUCUGUUGAUUGUUUUUUUGGUAAUUUAUUUUUUCCUUAUAGUUUUCUCAUGGAGGUCCAAUUAUAGCUUUCCAAGUCGAAAAUGAGUAUGGCAGCUUUGGUGAUACAGAUCUCAGCCCAGAUUAUAUGGCUUAUCUCAAAACAGUGAGAAACUCCAUAUUGCUUUAAUUCUAAUGAUUAAGUCAAUAGCAAAUGGCUUAUAACAUAUUCACUUUUUUUUAAUAUAGUAUUAAUUAAUUUGUUCAAGGCUAUCUGGCAUCCUUUGUUCUGGUUGGUCACCUUGUUGAUCAAGAUUGGCCGAGAUUGCCCACUUUGAUCCCAUAAAGAAAAUCUCUGUAGGUGUUUCAUGUACUCUGUAAGUUCUUUCCUCGCAGUUUUUAUUCCAGAGGAUUUGUUGAACUUAUUAAAAAAAGACCUUCAGUUCAAUGUCCAGUCCUCUUGACCUCACGCUAAGUCAGUAACACUUGUGUUUUGCCCAAAGUUUGAUAUUAGGAUUGAGUUUCUCUUGUAGGAGGGGAGAGGUUGUUGGCACAUUAAAGAAUCAGACAAGCUGAGUCUAUUGUCUGCUAAAAGAUUCAUUAAGUAUUUUGAUGCAAUGUAGAGAUUAUAUUUCAAGUAAUGUAGACUACAUGAUGAUUUUUCAGCUUAUGGUUAAUGAAGGAAUCUCAGAGCUUUUGUUCACAUCAGAUGGUGUUUUCCAAAUGGAGCAAAAAUACUUUCCUGAGUUACCUGGAGGUAAGAAAAAAUUCUCAGGAUUUUGGGCUAAGAAAACCAUGUGAUGUGCCUGUAUACAACAGUUUGGAGGGCAUUAGAUAGCAGUCACAGGAAAAAUUCACCAAUGCCCCAUUUCUGUUCUGUUUGACUGCAUACAUUUUUUCAGUGUUACCAUGCAAGCCAGCAAGCAAUAGAAAAUACAAUCAUGGUAACCUCAGAAUUUUUUCUCUAUUUCAUUUAACUCUAUUUUGCUUUCUUGAGCUUGGAGAGAAAAGAAAUAUGGUCUUGUGCUUGCAAAAUCUAGAACUUACACCUCCCCCAUUUAUUUUAUUUAAAAUGCAGUGAUUGUCUUUUGUAGUGUUGAAAACUGCAAACUUCCAGAGGAAUGAGACUGUUAAUCUUAACAGACUAAAGAAACUUCAGGUAAGUGUUACCAUCUCUAUCAGCAAAUAGCAUCCAUUGGACAGUGUUUCAACAUUCAGAGCAGAGGUUGUCAACAGAGUUAAGAGAAGAGUUAGUCAUGAAUUCAAAUUUUUAUCACAAUUAUUGGUAAUGUUGCAAUCUGAUUGGCCAAUUUGCAGUUGUAGACUAGAGAACAGACAAUGCUGCUCAAGUCAAUGUGUCAUGCAAUGGUCAUGCACUGAAUAAUUAUUUUCAUUGACACCGGUAUUGAUAUAUAAAACAAAUCAACAGUGGUUUAACAUGGUCUCUACUCUUAGCAACAAGGAUUUUCCUCAUCACGGUGGUCAAAAUUUGUUGAAGACUUGCUUGGCUUCACCUUGUAAGUCCACAACAUUAUGACCUCUGUGAUGAGGAAUAUCAUUGUUGCUAAGAGUACAGACUACUCUAAACCACUUUUGAUUUGUUAGAUUUUGAUAAUUAGCUUUACGAAAUAAUUUUUAACUUUACUCUCAUGAUAAGCAAAAUCAUGCUGGCUAAUGUGCACCAACUGUCAGUUGUACAUUAUCUUACACAGCCUGACAAGCCAUUAAUGGUGGCAGAAUUCUGGCCAGGAUGGUUCGACCACUGGGGAGAACAACAUCACAAGAUGGAAGUAGAUAAGGUGGUCACUAGAGUGUCUAACAUACUUGAAAUGGGAGCAUCUAUCAACCUCUUCAUGUUUCAUGGUAAGUUUGACACAACUCACCAGGAUCCCUGAUUUUAAGACUGUCAAAGCUAUUUAACUAAAUGCAAUUAUUGUGAAGUUAACCCUUUAACUCCCAGAAGUGAUUUACAUGUCUCUUCUCCCUACAAUAUUCAUAUGUUAACCAGCAGAUAGGUAAUAUGAAUACUCAAACUCAUCAGGUAGAAGUUGUCAUCUUUAUCUAACACCAAAUUCUUGUAACUAAUUUCCAAGGACAUGUGUAGCAACCAGAGGAGAGAAAUUACAAUCAGAUCUUGGGAAUAAAGGAUUAAUGAUAUAAUAAUUGAUAUAAUCUUCUUUGUAACCCCUAAGGUGGAACAAAUUUUGGCUUCAUGAAUGGUGCCAACGCCGUACAAAAUCAGUUCAAGUACCAGCCAACUGUUACUUCUUAUGGUGCGUGAGUAUGAGUUUACUUAUAAAGAAUUAAAUCAUUUUUGUUAAGUGGAGGUCUGAAUUUAACUUGAAAAAUGAUGAUUUUUUUGGUCAUGAGCUUGGAGCAAACAAAAAAAAGCCCCCUUGAGCAGUUGAACCUCCGAGUUUCCACCAUUGAGCAAUAGAAAGUUAAGGGUGAGUGACAGCUCUGUUACUAGGUUUGCAUAAUUGUCCUACAUAGUGCUCGGAUCAGCAAUGUGGAAGGCAAUAUGUAAAUAAUUGGGAACCCAUUUCUUUGUUCAAUACUGUAAAAAAAAAAUCUUUCAUUAUUUCAUUUCUUUGCCCAAAAGUGACCAAUUGCUUUCAGUCUAUUUAGAACUGAAAUUAUUUUUGUUAAGUCAGGUUGGAAAAUUUUAAGAUUUUACCUUCUACAUUUGCUGCUAAGAUUGUAUGAAAUGUGCUUCAUAAGUAACCAAUAAUUGGUUGUUUUCUGUAAUUCUUAAGAUUAUGAUGCACCACUAUCAGAAGCUGGGGAUGUCACUGAGAAGUUUCUUGCUUUGAGAAAAGUUUUUCAAAAGUACAAUUCACCAAAAGAUGAGAAACAGGGUAAAUUUUUGAGAUGUCAGGUACAGUUAGUUGGCUUGAGUCAUUCAGGAUCAAGACAGAAAUAAAGAGCAAAUCAGUGGUGAACUUUAAAGAAAAUGGUAGUCAGUCAAGAGGUUGGGCUGAGUGAAUUCUUAGGGAGGGCAUGGAAGGAUGCAUUGGAUUUAUCUUUUUUUCUUUUUUUUCUCAUCUCUCUCCAAUCACAUUCACAUUUUUCUUUUUUUCCACCAAAAGUGAGCCUAUUUAUGUGGUAGCAAGUAUGAAUUAGUCGCAAAGUUUUAAGUUUUAUCAAUGGUUUCAUUUUCUGUUUCCUUUACAAAAAUGUAACAUUUUUCCUAUGUUAAACUUUGUAGUGUCAUUGGGUGACUAUCAAAGAAGAGAAGCAUAUGGUGAGAACGCAUUAGGUUAUUUUUGUUAUUAAUUAAGGAUUUAUAGCAGUUAUGUAGGGAACUAUAUUUCUACUUGAGCUAAGAUUGUAAACAAGUUUGCAGUGAUUCAUUGGGGUAGACACACUAUUGGAGUAUGAUUGUUGGUAUGAGUAUGAAGUGUAGUAUGAUUGUUUGUCUUGUGAUGUAAUGAUAGCCUGUGUACAACUGCCCCCUACCCUCUAAAAGAAAAUCAGGAGGGAAGGGAGGGGGGGUGGAGCAGCUGUACAUAGGCUAUGUAGUGACUCUCAGUUUGACUGCAUGAUGCAAGUCUUCUUCACACAAAAAGUUCAACUGGAUAUACAUCCCCUCGUGAACCAUUGUGCACAGCUGUGACUGGUGAAUUUAAGUCAUUGAUAAAUUUUAACCAUUUCACUUUAAAGAGGAUGUGGAGAUACAGCAUUUUCUGGAGCUUGGAGAAUUCAUAAACUUAUUUGUAAGUAACAAGAACUUUUCUUUUUUUGUUUCUUCUUCUCCAAAACCUCAUUGGGCAUGCUCAUCAGGCCUGGUCUUUGACCGUCUCCAAAAGAGCCGUUCAACGGGAUUUCCCCGUAAAAUUAGCAUAAUAAUAGCGAUCUGCCAAACCAUGCUCACUAUUUCAAGCUCCAAUCCUUUGCUUAAAUCACGUGUAAAAUUGCUCGACUGCAAAGAAGGAAAGUUGGUUUUUGAGCGCUUUGAUAGGUGUCUCGGAAAACUGUGCAAAACUAUUUUAGCUAUUUUGAGUUGUUAAUGAAACUUCACUUGUGCCACCAAGAAUAAGGCUGAUUUCAUGAUUUAUAUUAUGUAAACUAUAGUCGUAGCAGUUUUUUUGUCGUUUUCUUUUACAAACGGAAAUAACUCCUCUGCAGGCCGUAUGUUUUGGAUGAUAACAAUGUGAUGAAACCUGUUUACUUCACUUGCAGGAACCUGUUAAAACAGAGAAUGUUAUGUCCAUGGAAGGCCUUCCAAUUAACAACAAUGGUGGACAAGGGUAUGGUUUCAUUUUGUAUCAAAAAGAACUUGACAGUGUUCCGGACGAAAUCAUCAUCCAUAACGUCAGCGACCGAGCGCAGGUGAAAGUUUAGGAAAGCUCACAUUGAAAGUAGAUACCAGAUUUCAAAAUAGCUUGUGGGUAGGUCCUAUUAAUUAUUAGCGCUACGGGACACGCGUUUCUCCACCCGCGGGAAGAUUUUUGGCGCGUCAGGGGAGAGGUUUGCCGCAGGUCUGGAACUAGUCCUCCAGCAGACCUCUUCCCAGACCUUCCGCUGGCUCGCGUUGUUUAAGGCCUUACAUACACUUUUCCGCGGACGAAGGAACGUUCGUGCCGAAGUGCUAAUGUUGAGGAUCUUUAACCGGUUUUCCUGGACUGACUACAUUGAUUAUAUUCGUGGUAAGAUCAGUAAAAAGCUAGGUCUCUUAAGGCGUAUCAAAUCUUGCCUCCCCCUUAAUGCUAUAAUUAUGUUUUUUAAUAGUUUCAUUUUACCUCCUUUUGUCUAUGGGGAUAUCAUUUGGGGAGAUCGCGGAAAUGCCUCCUUAAUGUCUGAGCUACAAGUGUUACAGAAUAAGGUCGCUCGCCUCAUUUUAGAUCUUUCUGCGCAUUUUUCUGCAGCUGAGGCGCUAAAGAGACUUGGCUGGAAGCCAUUAUUGCGACGUAGAAAGGAACAUCAUGCUAUUUUUAUGCAUAAAUUGAUUAACAACCAUUUCUGUCACUCUAUCCCUGUCACAUUCAAUGGUGAUUUUCAUAGUUACUACACAAGAUCGAGAAAUGACAUUCGCAAAUCUAGUGCCACAAGAAGAUGGGGUCAUUGGUCGUCAGUAAAUUUUAGCGCUGAUAUAUGGAACGGGUUAGACACCUCAUUAAGGAAUGCAGAGUCACUGCCUGCUUUUAAACGCGGCCUGUCCAAAGUUAUCUUUGAUUCUUAACGACAUUCUUUGCUUUUUACCCUUUGUAUAUUUUUAUCUUUUACAUUCCUGUGUUUUUAACUAGUUAUAUUUGAUGCUUGAUGAUUGUAUAUACUCUUUCAAUCUUUUAAAUUUUUUUAUGUUUAACUAGUUCUUAAUUUAAACUUAGUAUUCUUCUGAGGACCCUUCUGUAAACCACUUCGUUACGUUGGCAUCCUCAUUAAAGAUUACUUUUUAUAUAUAUCUUCUCGCUCGCAGGCUAAUUUCAGAAUAGAGCAUUUUGCUUCAAGCGUUUUUGUUUUUGUUGUUUUUCCCUCGAACGGGAGAAAACGGUCUUGUUUUUUAAUGCGCAGGGAAGGUGGUAUAUUUUGAGCUUAGUCGUCCAAUAUGAUCGUAGGACUACGAAACAAUGCGAGUGUUCCACGGGGGAUCGAACCUUUGAUCUUCGGAUUUUACGCUCCGAUGCCCUACCGCUGGACAACAGAGGGCUCGAUUGUCAGCUGGCUUGUUGCUUAUGUUUUUAAUAUCAGUGGGCCAAAUGAACUGAAAAGUUGCAAAGAAAUGUGAGCUAUUCUAGCAAAGAAAGCUUUUUUGUCAUUGUGUUCCUCUUUUCUCUUUUCAGGUUUUUCUUGAUUUCCAGCUGGUCUAUACCAUUGACUACAUGAAACGAGAGGAGAAGAUAAAAUACAUUGAUGAAAAAGAGCUUUGGAAAGUGUCGAUAACAACAAACCUGGAACAACUGCGUCGAGAGAAGGUGAAGUUUUGUCUUUCUUUUAAUGAUUUAGGAUUUGAUAGCUACAAUAGAUUUAAGAAUUAGUUUUUACUUCGAAAAGGAGAGAGCUUAGUUCCCACAUGGUUAUACAUCACAUGUAAUACAUGGUAUUACAUCACUAUACCUUUCGUACCUCUGAUAUCACGCAUGUUCAAUACUAACACUCAACGCGAUUCCUUGUUACCUGAUCCUUUUUAGGCCUUUGAGCCCAAAAACACCAUAUCAGCGGUUGACAAUCGAGCCUAGUUAAGUCUUCAUAAGCAACUAAGUCUUGGUUUGCAUUCCGUUGCUUUAGCUUCCUUGUAUCAUUUUUCUCAGAUACCAGGUUUUCAUCUUUUAAAAUUUUUUAAUUUCUUCUAUCCCUACAGCACGAUAAAGUUCAGCUCGAUAUUCUGGUUGAAAACAUGGGGCGAGUUAACUUUCUGAAGGAAAUGAACAGACAGCGAAAAGGUGAUCGAUGUUUUGAUUUCUCUUCUAAAGCCACUCAUUAGUCUACAGAUAAAAUUGUUCUAGGUCGUUUCGUUGUCGACAAUAGUAGUCACAAUUAACCAUCUUUGUCGUCCUAUUUCCCGAAAGGAUAGUUUCUACAUUAUAACAUGAACCUGAAACAGUAGUUGUCAUUUGAACGUUGAAAGUAAUCCAUGAUUACUUUAGUUCUGGUUUACUUAGCUCCGUGUCAGGUCCAGAAACUCACGCCACUUUCUCAUCCAAUCAGACUUAAAACUGAAACCAAUUGCAACUCAGGCAGCCGCGUUUUCCCGCGCUUUAGGCAGUUUGCUUUUUUUUUCUUCUUUGAGUUAUUAUUGGCUGAUGGUAAUGUUUUCCUUUAUUCUUGUUGGCUGUUUUCAUAAAUUUGUUUUUGGUGUUGCGGCACUCAACCGAAAUGCGCUCCAUAAGGCCCUACAAGGCCUAGCUUACCAUCGAGUGUUGGUUCCCUGUGCCACAGUUGAUACAGCCUCCAACCGCAAAAUCGGAUUUGGCUCGGGGUCCAAUCCUCACGGGGGACUUUUAUUCCCAAGAAUGACUAAGGAGUGCACCAUAUAUCCUCACAAUCUCAAAAGGCUAUUUUAAAUCAGACAGGUGAUGAGAAUAAAGAAAAAUAUCAACGUGGUAAAAUUAUUUGAUUUAACACCAAAUUCCCUAAACUACAAUAAACGGAGAUGUAUGACACAGAAGAGAGAAUAGCUAUUGAAAUCUUGAAAUCGAGAUUGAGAGGGUUUUCAUUUUGAUUCGACGACCAACGCCCUGUUUACCCCCUCCACAAAAAAAAAUUCAACGUCUCAUUUUAUAAACCCAGCUGACUGCAAGGCCCUGAACGGUUCGAUGGUAAAUUUUUCGCACUGAAAACUAAUUUGUCUUCUCUUUUGCUUUCGUCGAUUUUUUUCUAGGCAUACUCGGUGAUAUCCUAGUUGAUGGAAAAAAGCAAACGGGCUGGAAAACUUAUCCAAUGGACUUCAAGAAAGGCUUUUUCGACAAGUAAUCAUUCAUAUGAUUAAUUAUUUUCACUAUUGAAAAAUACACAGCACUUCAACCAGUGUUCUUACAUUUUUUGAAACAUUCGUAUUAAUUUUAAAAGUAGAGCAUACCAGCGAAUUUCGUCUUUGACAAGGUCUUCAAUGGACAAAUCUCCUUUUCCAAAAUCCAGCUCAGUUGUGUUUUAGCGCGGAAUUUUGCCGAGAAAAUGCCCGUUAACGAAUCGCAUUUUUUCAACACGUGAUGUAAAAUAAUUCCAAGGGGUUGACAAAGUUUGUUUCAGUUGGUUUUUUUGUAUCGUAGAUUGAGCACGCUGUCAGAAUGGAGGAAAAUUAAAGAAGGGGAAUUGCCAACCAUUCCUUCGAUAUACCGUGGUACAUUUGGGGUCACGGGUGAGCCUAAGGACACCUUUUUGCAUAUGAAAAGUUGGACCAAAGGCGUGUGUUUCGUUAAUGGCCACAAUCUGGGCAGGUACUGGAAUAUUGGGCCACAGGAGACGUUAUACUUACCAGCUCCAUGGCUGCGCAAAGGGGAAAACGAGGUAGAUGUAUUGAGCAAGGAAUAUGGUAAACUUUGCGCUCCGUAAUGAAUUCAGAGAAAGUUGUUUUUGGUCACGUUACAAGCCUGGGACAAAGAAUAAAAUAAAUACGUCUUGGUCCCCAUGUGGAAUCGCACCUCAGACGUUCAAAUCCCUCCUGCAUGGAGACUCAGAUGUUUUUCUUUGUCUCUCGCUCUGAUCUAUCAACCCGUUGACCCCUAAGAGUGACAAGCACUAAUUUCUCCUUACUACAUCACUCCUGAAUAAAACAUUAAGGUCACGAGAAUAAACGAAAUGAUCACCAAUUAAAGAAGUUCUUGAUUGUCAAACAAAUUCUCUGUGUCAGCACCUUAGGAAAUGUAAUAAAAACAGUAUGGAGAAUAUACAUACUGAUGUUAGAGUGUAAAGGGUCAAGAGGGUGGCGGUAGUCUUUUUAGUCCAAUUAAAGUGCACAGUAAAGCAAAGCCUGAACAAUUCCAGAUUACUUUCGACACAGUUCAAAAUUGCUUUAAGUGCUACGCGAUCCCAUUUCACGCUUUUCUUUCUAGCAAUUAGUCACUUCACUUGGCAAGCUUAUACUUGGAAAGCUUACGUUCUUAAUUCUUUUCCUUUCCCUUUCAGCUGCUGAUUUUUGAACUAGAGAAGUGCGAAGUUCCUGACGUACCAUUUGUGACAGAGCCAAAGAACAAAGGAAAACCUCUUUUAGUGCUAUAA